GCAUUCAAUGCAAACUGAAAGCAACAAUUGUGCAUUGCCAUAAUUUUGCAAUAACUGUGCGCACUUGCAAAUGUCAAGGGUUGCUGUUAGGUCUACCCUAAUGGCUGUUAACUAUGCCACUUAUGCUAAGAUGCGUUGUCAGUUGAAAUGUGUGUGUGUCUGUGUGUGUGUUGCAAGUGCGAGUAGCGCUUUUGCAGCUUUUUGCUGCUGAUUUCAUAAAAAUUUAUAUGGAAUUUCCCAUGCUCACUUCGCUGAAAUGUAAGCAAAGCUUUCAUUUCUAAUUGUUGUUGUUGUUUCUCGAUUGCUGCUGCUGUUGUUGGUGGUGAUGGCAAUGGUGGUGGAUUGGUUUUGCUACUGUGGUGAAUUGCGUUGUAUGUGUGUGGCAUGAAAAGCUUUGGCCAAGUGGCAAGUUCAUGUGUAGGUACAGAAUUGUGUCGAAACUGUGCGUGUGCAUCUAAGUAAAUUUUUUUUUUAUUUGUAUCAAUUUUUUUCAUUCAGCGCUACACAUUUGUUGUUUAGCUAACGCUGCAGCGUCUACUAAAUAAAUAAAUGAAAUAAAAGUUAGCACACUAAACGCGACGAAGAAUUGAUUUUGAGGCAUUUCGUCAGAAAGUGUAUACUGGACAUUGUGAGGGGUCAACGGUGUGGGCGACCGAUCUCGAUGUCUCCGCAAUUAGAUAAUGCUUAAGUUACCAAAAGGUUUAAAAAAGAAAAAGAAGAAGUCGAAAAAGGACCAAGAACUCUUCACCGAAGAGGAGCUCGAGCAGUACAAGCGCGAUCUCAAAGCCAAACAGGAGGCGGCGGCCAACAAAUCAGACGCUGGCGAAUCGGACGCAGCUUCAGACGUCGAGGGCGCCACCACCAGCAGCAGCAAUCGUUUCGCUAACGAGCAACAUCACUCACACGCAUCCAACGUAGAGGAUCAUCAUCAUCAGCAUCAACAUCAACAGCAGCAGCAGCCUCAGCAGUCGGAAACUGGCGACGAAGAAUGGGCCAAGUUUAAGGCUCUGACCUCGGGUGUUGAUAAUAUCUUACACAAGACACAGGACGAGCUAGAUCGCAUCAAAAAAGAAUCUUUCUAUCAGCGCCUGCCCUCGGCGGCCGAGCAGAAGAAGCUAGAGGAGGAGAAGGCCGCUGCACGCGAACAGGCACGACUCGAACGCGAGCGUCAGCUUGCCGCAGAGCGCGAAGCAAACCGCGACAAGUUAGCCGAGGCAGUUGUUGAGCUAUCCGAGUCCGACGACGAGCAGCCCGACGAGGUCGAUGAUAUAUUCGCCACCGACUAUAUCGAGGCCAUAACCAGCGGUGAAGUUCAACUUGGUGUUGUACCCGAUUCGCCUGUACUCGAGUUUGACGACGGACCCGAUCCCUUUGAUACAGCCUACGCUGAGAAGGUUAUCGUAGGCGCCGACAAGGCCAAGGGCGGCAAGAAGCUUGUUAGCCUAGGUGCUGCCGUUGAGGUUCUAUCCGGACGUGUUGAUCGCGAGCACGCUCUAGCGCUUGCAAAUCCCAAGCGUAAGCUACGCAAAGGCAUACAGAAUCUUCUACUCAGCGAGAGCGUCGAUUUAGCCGACGGUGAACCCGAAUUUGUUGCCAGCGAACCGCAGCAUAAUCUACUCGACGAUCUUGUCGAUGACGAGGGCGGAUCUGCGGCACCCAUUGAUUUGAGCGUUUCGCUUCACUUGCAUCUGAUCAAGCCACAGAAGCUAGAGGAAGAGGACGAGAACGAUAACGAAGUAGUAGAUGGUGACUUCGCUGGUCUCAAUCCAGAUCUAGCCGAGUUUGAUGCGCUCAAGGAUCCUGAAGACGACGAAUUUGCUGAACUAGCCGCCGAAUCGCUAACCAAAAAGGAAGAGGUUACCAUCGUUACUCAGGUGGUUCUAGCACCAGCCGAAGUAUUCGCCGAGGCCGCCGCCGAAACUAGUUGGGCUGAAUUUGCUCCAGAUCCAGCAGAAGAACAGACAGGUAAACCCAAGCGACCUCCGCCGCCCGUACGUCCUGCAACUGGACCGCAUAUAGUACCUGGUGCUAUCUACGUAAGCGACGACGAAGAAGAUAAUCUAGACGACGAUCCAUUCAACACCAACUACGCCGAGCAGGUGAUUAAGAAGACAACCGUACUCGAACAGGACGACGACUUUGAUCCGCGUGCAGAGGAAUCGCAUUCGCUAGCAGCACCUGCAAGGGAUCUAUUGGCCGGCAGUGCCACCGAUCUAAGCAAGGUAGUGCCAGCACCGUUAGCUCCAACACUUAGCAUCGAUCAGGAGCAAGACUUUGAUCCGUUCGAUACAUCGGCAGUGAGUGCGCUUGUCCAGCCAAAAGCAACAGAGUUGAGGUGUUUGGAACGUGAGCUGAACUUGCAGCGUUCGCUUAGCGAUCCAGACUUUGAUCCACGCGGUGGUGAAUCGGUGGUGACAGCGGUGCAACCACAGAUUUCAGUUGAGUCGUCGGAUUUUGAUAGCGCACGUCGCAAAUCCUCGUUGAGUUUGAACAUCUGUCCGAAUAAAAGCGUCGGAUUUUCUGUGCCCGUGCCCGAUUUGCUGGGAGUGGGUAAUGAGGCUGGCUUGGGUGCCAAUAAGAAACCGCUGACGCCUUACUACGCACCACGCGGUGAGCCCAUAGCCGAGUCAGAGGAUCCUUUCGACACCUCCUAUGUGCCCGAGUCCAAGCUAAGCGACAUUGAGCUCAAGCACAUUGAAGCGGAUCUAAUAAGCAAAGAGUCAACUCUCAAGCACAGUCUCAGCGAUCCGGAUUUCAAUCCUCGCGCACCGCCCACAUCUGUGCCCGCCGAGGUGUUGCUGGCCGUCGACGAGAACAUCAACAUAAAGGUGCUGACGCCCGCGCAGGAGCGCAAGCAACUGCAGCCCGCAGCAGAAGAGCUCGAUCCCUUUGACACCUCCAUAGCGGCCAAUCUACAGCCGGGCCAGACGGAACUAAAGUUGCUCGAGAACGAGCUGCUGCCGGAUAAUCUCAAGCCCAGCAGCAUUGACGUGCUCGACACGCAAAGCGACGCACAGGAGCUUGGAUUAGGCGAUAAGGUGCUGACACCACGCCAGGAAUCGUUGGAGCACUCACCACAGGACUUUGAUCCAUUCGAUACUUCCAUAGCGGAGAAUCUAGCACCAGGCGAGACAGAGAUCAAGUUGCUCGAGAGCGAGCUAAUCGAGCGUUAAACAUG